GCUUGUUUGCUGAAAUGGGCUUAUGAAACAGCUAAAUGGAAUGCAAAGUUCUCGGCUCUCGUCCUGAGAAUGAAUUUUCUGAAUGAAUCUUGGGUUGAUUGUCAGCAUGUUGCUUUUCCAACUUCUUUUUGUGCAA